UCUGCCAGGAUGCUCUCUUUGUCAGGACUAAGGCUCUGCUGCCUUCCUGGGUCCUGCCACAUCCUUCUCACACAGCUCGUGGGUACACAGGGAGAGAAACAGAUCUCCCUUCUCGGGGACAUGGUGCAUAGGACUGCAGUGGGAGAUUUAAGCUGUGGCCUCUCUCACAGAGGCCUGGAUGUGUGUAUCCUGCGUUUGGGGAAUGUAGGACUUUGCUGCUGAUGUCUCACUCCCUGGGAAGAUGGAUAGACCAGGGGUUGGCAGAGUAUUCAAACUCUUUGGUCCUUGGCUGCCCCGGAGAUCAAGAUGGACAGUUCCCCGUGAGGAAGCCCGAGAAGGCAGGAAGGAAACAGAGGAGACCAUCAGAGAGCCCUCCCUGUCCAACUACACAGGGGGACCACACUUUUUUGAAUAUCUCUUUGUGGUUUCUCUCAAAAAAAAUAAUUCGGGGGAUGAUUAUGAGCCCACGAUAACCUACCAGUUCCCAAAGCGAGAGAACUUGCUCCGGGGCCAGCAGGAGGAAGAGGAACGAUUACAUGGUGCCAUUCCCUUGUUCUGUUUCCCUGAUGGCAAUGAAUGGGCACCCCUCACUGAAUACCCCAGGGAAACAUUUUCUUUCGUUCUGACCAACAUGGAUGGGACCAGGAAGAUUGGCUACUGCAGGCGACUCUUGCCCGCCGGCCCCGGCCCCCGGCUCCCAAGAGUGUACUGUAUCAUCAGCUGCAUCGGCUGCUUCGGCUUGUUUUCCAAGAUCCUGGAUGAAGUAGAAAAGCGGCAUCAGAUCUCCAUGGCUGUCAUCUAUCCAUUCAUGCAGGGUCUUCGGGAGUCUGCCUUCCCUGCCCCUGGGAAGACAGUCACCCUCAAGAGCUUCAUCCCUGACUCUGGGACCGAGUUCAUUUCCCUGACGCGACCGCUGGAUUCCCGCUUGGAGCAUGUGGAUCUCCGCUCCCUUUUGCGAUGCCUGAGUCACGAGCAGAUCCUACAAAUCUUUGCCUCCACAGUCCUAGAGAGAAGAAUCAUCUUCCUGGCUGAGGACCUCAGCACCCUGUCCCAGUGUAUCCAUGCUGCUGCCGCGCUGCUCUACCCCUUCAGCUGGGCCCACACCUACAUCCCUGUGGUCCCCGAGAGGCUUCUGGACACAGUCUGCUCUCCGACUCCCUUCAUGGUUGGAGUUCAAAAGCGGUUUAUUCAGGAUGUUCUGGACAGCCCUAUGGAAGAGGUUCUGCUGGUGGAUCUGUGUGAAGGAAGCUUCUUAAAAUCAGUUGGAGAUGAAGGGGAUGUCUUACCCCCUAAGCUGCAGAAUGCCAUUUUAUCUUCUCUUGCCCAAGGGAAUAAUGACCUGCAGACUUUGGAGCAGGUCAAUGAGCAUGUCUCAGGUCCCUUCGUGCAGUUCUUCAUCAGGACUGUGGGCCAUUAUGCCUCCUACAUCAAGUGGGGGCCAGAUGGGCAAGGCAGCUUCCAGGAGAGAUCCUUCUGUAAGGCCCUGCCCUCCAAAACAAGCCGCCGGUUUGUGAAGAAAUUUGUAAAGACGCAGCUGUUCUCCCUUUUCAUCCAGGAAGCAGAGAAGAGCAGGACCCCCCAUGCAGGGUACUUCCGACAGAAAAUCACUGAAUAUGAGGAACAGAAGAAACAGAAGAAACCAAAGGAACAGACUGUGAAGUAAGGGAUGUGGGAGGCAGGAACAACUCAGCCUGCAGCCCAGCUUUGUCUGGAGCAGACUUGGACUCUGUCCUGAGCUAGAACUGGUUUGGUCUUGGGACCCUGGCACCUCCAGGUUCAAGGGUGGGUUACCUUUGGCAGCCGAACCCUGUUUCAAGCCGGUACUUGGAGCAAGUACCUCCGGAUUUUCACAGGGGCCAGCUUUUUCCUUCCCAAGAAAAGAUCCCAGGGCUCUAACCCCUUAUUUUCUGGAAGGGGGUGCCAAGCCAGGCAGCGAUUAGGUAAUAGCUGCUGUGACUCCCCUGAGCAUUCUUUUUCCUAGAAAUUCUGAACCUGGUGCUUUGCUCCUUCCUUUGGGACUACUGUUCUCAGUAUCUAGUAUAAGAAGCAGAGAACAGCUCUCACCCAGAGGUCCAAAUUCUUAACAAACCAAGCCUGUGAGAAUGUGAAUAAAGGUGAAAAAUGUUCAUGUUA